AUGGAUUAUAUAGGCGAAACGAUUCCAGAUCUAGAAUUGAAUUUGAGCUUCUACGGUUAUGAUUUCAAUGAAACGGACGUCACAAAAGAGAAGUCGCUAACCUUCAUCCCUUACUUGUUUGUCUCUGCCUUCGGCCUUGUGGCAAAUGCCUUGGUCCUCUUUGUGAUCCUGCGUUUUCGAAAGAUGUGGACUCCCACCAACCUCUAUGUGUUCAGUCUGGCUUUAGGCGAUAUCCUCCACAUGUUAUGUCUUUUGUUUUUUGCCUCGGAAAUCGCCAGUGGUUAUUGGCCCCUGGGGAAACCUAUGUGCAUACUUUUCUGGAUUUUAACAGCAUUAAUACCAUUUAGCAAUGUCUACUUCCUGACCAUCAUGUCCAUUGAUGUCUUCAUUCAGCAGUAUUUCCCGCAAGUUUCGAAGAAGAGCCUUAGACUUCAAGUGGUGUUAACGACCAGUGGUACUGUAUGGGUUGUCUGCCUGUUGCUCGGGAUCCCUCUUUAUGUGUUUGCUGAUCAUACUGAGACUUCCAGCUGUCAGAUCCUUUGGCCCUACCCUUCUGCCUUCUGGAACUUGACCUUCAUAUCAUACAGACUUGUGUUGGAUUUUUUGUUCCCUGUGUUGGUGACAUGCAUGUUUCUCAUCCUAUCGGGCGUUCGGUUACGGAACCAAGACAAGGCAACCGAAUCAAGUUCUGGGAACAUCAAGGAGAGCAUCAUCAUGAUUUCGGGUCUAAUGCUUGUGUAUUUUGUCUUUUGGCUUCCCACGCACGUCCUGGAAAUGAUAUCAGCCACUGUUGGGGAUCUGGAACUAAGCGAAGGGUCCUAUUACAUUAUCAGCAUCAUACCCUACUUGAAAAGUUGUGUCUAUCCAGUCCUUUAUGGAUUCCUGUCCAAAAGUAUUAAAGAGACACUUAGUGCUGUUUUGUGCUGCAAAAAGGCUCAGGAUAGUAGCAGCCACCCUAAUGGUCCUUCUGAAAAGCAAGAAGAGAAAUUGUCUUCCUGUUAG